AUGACUGUAAAAGCUCAGGAGGCAAUUAGGUCUAGAAUCUCGAUGCUGACAGGAAGGAGAGAGAUGGAGCCGGUGGCAGUCUUGGAGCUCACCUCUGCUGACUUGCAGACUCCCAGGAAUAACAAAGAGCACCACACACUGGAGAUGGGACUAAAACGGCUCAUUGUGCGUCGCGGCCAAGCCUUCGUCAUCGUCCUGAACUUUAAUCGGAGCUUCCGACCCCAGUUCGACAACAUCAGCUUUGUGGCCGAGACCGGACCAGAGCCUAUGGAACUACUGGGAACCCGAGCUACCUUCGUACUCACCCAGGUGCAACACGGGAAUGUCUGGAGUGCUUUUGACUUCACCAUUAACCUGAACUCCAUUCAAGUCUCCCUCUUCACACCAGCCAAUGCAAUCAUCGGUCCCUACACACUCAAGAUCCAGAUCUCCCAGGGUCAAGGUCACAGUGUAACUUACUUGGUGGGGACAUUCAUCUUGCUUUUUAACCCUUGGAAUACAGAGGAUGAUGUGUACAUGCCAAGUGAAAUCCUGCUUCAGGAGUACAUCUUGAUGGACUACGGCUUUGUUUACAAGGGUCACGAGAGAUUCAUCACUACGUGGCCUUGGAACUACGGGCAGUUUGAAGAAGACAUCAUAGAUAUUUGCUUUGAGAUCUUGAACAGAAACCUGUACUUCUUAAAGAACCCAGUCAAAGACUAUUCUCAGCGCAAUGACGUGGUAUAUGUCUGCAGGGUACUCAGCGCCAUGAUCAACAGCAACGAUGACAAUGGUGUGCUGCAGGGGAACUGGGGGGAGGAUUACUCCAGAGGAGUCAACCCCCUGGAGUGGAAUGGCAGCGUGGCCAUCUUGAGGCAGUGGUCAGCCCAGGGCAGGCAGCCUGUGAAGUAUGGGCAGUGCUGGGUCUUUGCAGCUGUUAUGUGCACUGUAAUGAGAUGCUUAGGUGUUCCGACCCGUGUUGUAUCUAAUUUCCGGUCUGCACACAACAUGGAUGGGAACCUGACCAUAGACACCUACUAUGACCAAAAUGCAGAGAUGCUGCCCACUCAGAGACGAGACAAAAUAUGGAAUUUUCAUGUCUGGAAUGAAUGUUGGAUGAUCCGGAAAGAUCUCCCACCAGGAUACAAUGGGUGGCAGGUUCUGGACCCCACUCCCCAGCAAACCAGCAGUGGGCUAUUCUGCUGUGGCCCUGCCUCUGUGAAGGCCAUCAGAGAAGGGGAGAUCCACCUUGCCUAUGACACCUCAUUUGUAUAUGCAGAAGUGAAUGCUGAUGAAGUCAUUUGGCUCUUUGAGGAUGGCCAGGCCCAGGAAAUCCUGGUUCAUGACACCAGUUCCAUUGGGAAGGAAAUUAGCACCAAGAUGGUAGGGUCAGAUCAGCGCCAGAACAUCUCCAGCUCCUACAAGUACCCAGAAGGAUCCAGUAAGGAGCGUUCUAUAUUCAUGAAGGCCUCCCGGAGGAUGCUGGGCCAAAGAAGGACCUCUUCACCCUUCCUGGACCUGCUGGGGUCUGGGGGCGUGGAGAAUCAGCCAGCACAGCUGCAGCUCCACCUGGCCAGGACGCCCCAGUGGGGCCAGGACCUACUGCUGACACUGCAUGCCCGUCGGGUGUCAGACAUAACCCACCCCCAGGGCCCCAUCUGGCUGGUGUUUCGCUUCUGUGCACAGACCAUGUUGCACGGUGGAUUCACCCGAGAGCCCCUCUGGAGGCAAGUGGUGCGCUUGAAUCUGGACUUUGGGCAGGUGAUACAGUGGCCUCUCCUGCUGCCCUACAACAGUUACAGAAACAGGCUGACGGAUGAAAAGUUGAUCCGUGUAUCCGGUAUCGCCAAGGUUGAGGAGACGGGGAGGUCCAUGCUGGUCAUGAAAGAUAUCUCUCUGGAGCCUCCCCACUUAUCUAUUGAGGUGUCUAAAAGUGCUGAGGUGGACAAGCCAUUGAGAGUCCACAUCAUGCUCACCAAUACUCAAAUGGAGCCUCUGAGUAACUGCACAAUGGUGGUAGAAGGAAGUGGCCUCAUCAAUGGGCAGAUAUCAAAAGACCUUGGGACUCUGGUGGCCGGACACACCAUCACAAUUCAACUGAACCUCUACCCCAUCAAAGCUGGACCCCGCCAGCUCCAAGUCCUCAUCAGCAGCAAUGAGGUCAAAUUGAUCAAGGGCUAUAAGGACAUCUUUGUUGCUGCAGCCAGGGCUUUUUAA